AUAAUGGAGAUGCUUUGCGCCCACUAGCGGCUUCCCAAGCUACAUGGGGGCGAGGCGUGUGCCACCGUACCAGUCAACUCAGUCCGUUCAGAGCGUAUCUUCACUUUACGUCAUUCCUAGCCAGUGUGGUUGUAUGUCUAUAGGAAGAAAAAAAAAUGCUCAGGCAGUGCCUGUCUUGCUGUUCAGUGAACGGUAGUUGUCUGUGACUAGACUCAUCGGUCUCCUCGACAUCUCGCCAUUGUGUAGAGCUCCACGGCUAUUUUGGAAAACCGCGGCGGGGAAAGGAAAGUAUAGACGUCGACGGCGAAGAGUUCGAUGUCCCGUGUUCCUCGUUGUAGAUCCUCUGUUCUUGGCGUCACAUUGACCCCGAUGCAGGAUUUGAAACCCUUGCUGGAACUACAUGUGAUAUAUGUUUGGUAACGGCGUGAAGCGCAAACUGGAUGAGGACGGCCUGGAGGAGGGCAAGGCGCUCCUCACGUCAGCGGCCGGAGCCCCGGGCAGCCACUCGAGGGUUAACUACACGCUGCAGCGCCAGACGGUGCUAAACAUCUCCCUGAUGAAGCUGUAUGGGCCGUCGCGGACGCCCGCCACCGAGCCAGCCCUGCAGCGCCGCGUGCUCAUCAACAACGUCAUCCGCCGCAUCCAGCACGAGUUCAAAGAGGAGGGCGGCGCGGGGCUGCGCGCACUCUUCUUCUCCGUCCCGCCGCCGGUGCCGAACGUCACCGAGGACGAGGGCUACCACGAAGCUCCGUCAUCCGCAUUUGGCGGCGUUCUCUCCCCGCCCCUCUCGCCGCUGUCAUCGCUGGACUCUGGUUUGACCCCGGCCUCUCUCCUGGAGGACGACCCGCCACUGUUCUUCGCCUUGCCGCCGUCCUCACCCCACCCCCUGGGUCACCACCCUCUCUCCCAGAGACCGUCAGCGCCUCCCCCGCCGCCCGCCAAGGACAGCUUCUCCUCAGCUUUGGAGGAGAUCGAGGAGCUGUGCCCCAUCGCAGUGACAACCUCUACUACCUCCUCCCUACCUUUGUCUCCUCCACCUUCACCCCAGCCCCCACCCUCUCUACCAGCAGGGAUGGACGUGAAAGAGGAAGGGAGGACAUACAGCCCAAAGGACAAGGAGUCGCUUUUGCUCGACGAAAGCCAGGCUGCAAAAACCAUGUCGGCAGACCCGCUCCCCCCGCCCAGCGCCCCCACAGACAUGUCGCCCUCCUCCGGGGGAUUCCUCACUGACUUUGCCCUGGACGACAUUCUGUUCACGGACAUCGACACCUCCAUGUAUGACUUUAACCACCCCUGCGGCGCCUCUUCAAUACCCCCGAACUUGGGGGUGUCCAAAACAACCCCCAUGGUCACUGCGGACGACCUGGUCAAGACUCUGUCCAGCUACAGUGGGGGAGGGGCGGGCUCUCCCCCUCUGGCCCAAAACCAGCCCUUCAAAAUGGACCUGGCCGAGCUCGACCACAUCAUGGAAGUCCUGGUGGGGUCUUGACUGACAUCGGGGUCGUGUUCAAUAGGCACAAAACUGAGGAAAACUGAGUGAAACGGCAAGGUGCUUGUCCAAUAAGAAAUGCUCAUUUAUGAUUUCUGUUGCGAAGCGUUUUGCUAUGGUGUGCCCUAAUGAACACGACCAACCGGAUAAAAAGUGCAGUAGGCAGCGAAAUGUUCAUUGUUUAUUUUAUUCUUUGGGUCCGGAAAUUGUAAAAUGUAAUAUCGAGACUUCACCAGAGACUUUCUAACUACACUGUGCAUGCAUUGUGCUCGCCUUUCCAAAAUGGAAACAAAAUGUUGAAAAUACUGUAUGGAAUGCUUUUAUUUGAUUGCAAUUUGAGUGCCUUUGUCUGUGUACUACUACUAUGUUCCUUGAUUUCUAUAGCAUUUUUUUGUUUGUUUAUCAACACAGCCAUACUUCUCCAAAUGCAAAGAGUGAAUUUAUAUACAGCUUUUGCAUACAGCACCAUGGGUAUACACUGAUGCGUCCAAAUUGAGGGUACUUUUAGAAUAUUUUGUAUCUGGACAGCUUAUCAAUGUUAUUGGAUUUUUCAUAGGCCUCAUUCAAGUUUUUUCAAUAUUUUAAUGUGUUAUUCGUAAUUUGUUGAGUUUAUCAUACUGCUGUGUAUGAGCUUUCGACUUUCUAUUUGUAGAUGGACUACGUUUCCUUUUCCUGUAUGGCAUGUUUUGAAUCUCAACUGAUCUGACUCAAAAGGAUAUCAAGUGAAAUACAAGGGUAACCUUGUAAGGUUCAAACACAUUUGCAGACAUCAAGAAAUUUGAAAAUAAUUUGUACUAAGUGAUUAUGAAGUUAUUUAUUAUUAUUAAUUUCUGGUGUACACAUAUUUAUUCAAACAUGACACUAACAUUUGGGUUGUACAGAACAUGCAGUGAAAUUCUGCUAGUAAUGUGUGAAGAGAUGCUGUGUAAUAUAUUUUACCCUCAUUUUGUUUUUCAGGGAAGUGAAUGCCGUAAGUCAGUGUGUGUGUGUGUAUUGGGCUAUGUCUCAUCUGUUUGCGGCAAUCGAUCAGUCGGGAAACAGUUAGCCAACAACUUUGUCAGUGAUGAAUUUAGUAAUCCAAAGCCUUUAAAACAAAGCAUUUCUAUUGUCAGUCAGUGGCAAAAAGCAAUUCCUGCUGCUUACCUCUUCUAUUCUUUUGCAUUUGUUUAUUACUUAUUUUAAAAAAUGAAGCAAAUGUGGUCGUUUCCAGUCAUCUCUGCGAUUUUUAAGUUUACCUGUUUUCAAGAACGGCUGUAUUUUUAUCACUGACCUUGAAUCUGUGCCUUGUUCUAUGCAAUAUGUAUUAAUUGGUCGGAAAUAUCUGAUUAUUUUUAUGUAUAAAUGUGCAUACGACUUUAAUGCAGUUAUACUUUUGUAGAUUUAUUUUAUACAAUAAAUUGAAAUGAAAUGUCAA